AUGAUCGCUCAAGCGCAAUCAGGCACAGGCAAAACUGCCACUUUCCUCCUAGCAAUGUUAAGUCGCGUUAACAUUGCCUACGAGCGAUGUCAGUGUCUGUGCAUGGCUCCUACUCGCGAACUAGCCGUACAGAUAGCCACCGUUGGACGCGAAAUGUCUCGAUUCAUUCCAAAAAUCUCCUUUGGUCUGGCUGUUAGGGAAGAAAUC